UUUGACAAAAUAAUAUGUCAAAAUCUUAGUUAAUCUUAGUUUGUGGUAAUUAGUCAAAUCAUACUUUAUAUUUUGCAAUUAAACUAUAACAAGUGUGUAAUUAAUGGUGUUAUUAUUAGGUAGUCCAAUUUAUCUACAACUUCAUAAUUUAAAACUCGGAGGCCUUUCUACGUCUUGGAUGUUUAAACACUGUUAGUGUGCUAAAAAAGUAUUAAAAUGUCCAACUUCAAUAUUGGAGAUUUAGUUUGGGCAAAGAUGAAAGGUUUUCCUCCGUGGCCUGGACUUAUUUCUGAGCCACCUGACAUCUUAAAAGGAAAAAAUGGCGAAGGUAAAAAAUGUGUGUAUUUUUUUGGAAGUGCAGAUUAUGCUUGGAUUAAAAACAAUUUAAUUAAGCCGUAUUUCAAGUAUGAACAUGAAUAUAAGCAAAACUACAAAACCGCCGAUUUUAUAAAAGCAAUUGAAGACGUUGAAAAAUACAUUGAUAAAAAUAUGGUUACAUUUUACAAAAAAGCCAAGUCACCAGUGGCACCUAACAAAGAGGAUAUUGAGCCAUUUAGUCCAUGGAACAAUAUGCCUUGUACUGUAUUGAAUUUAAUAUUUAAAAAGCUGACUCAUAAUGAACGAAAAACAGCAUCUUCUACUUGCAAGAGUUGGAGAAAAGCUCUUUACCAUUCUGCAUUUUGGACUAAUUUCACUAUUUUGAUAGUUCCCAAGAGUGAUAAAUGUAUAAUUGACAACCGCAUUGAUUAUCUAAACUGCCAUAUAAUACCUUUGGUGAGGAACUUGAGAUUAUGUUUUGAUACUCGUAGUGAGCUGUGUGUUAAACUAGUCAUAUCAGUUAUAAAAAGUUUAAACAACGGAUUACUGAAAAAUUUAGAUAUUGAGUCCAUUUAUUGUGAUACUGUACUUAGUGAAGACGAUAAAACUGAAGAUCUCGUCAUUUCAUUCUUAUCCCUAGAGUUGAAAAUUGUAAAAUUAAUAUCUACAACAAUGUCUUUGGAAGGAUUCAGUUAUAGUGGUGUUCUUUUUAACAAAUGGCGUGAACUAAUGUUAAGAUUAUCUCAGAACAGCCACCGUACAAUGUGUCGAUUAGAGCUUGCAUCUGCCGGAGUAAGAGUUGGGAAUUUUGGAGAAUAUGUAUUGACGUUAAAUGAAUCUGUAGUAUGCGAUCCAUUCGAUAGUUUCAUAUCCUUAUCCAACUUGAAAAUAUUGAGUAUUGACUACAAUCAGUUUACCUGCCAACUAUUUCCAGCCAUGAGUUCAAUGCAUAAGUUAAGAUCGUUAGUUCUACACGUUCAUGAAGAUCCAGUGACUGAAUUGUCUGACGAAUUUUGGGUAGACUUUAAAAACAAUUGUCCAGACGUUGAAGUUAAGUUGACAAUUAUAAAUUGUCUAGAAGUUAUCCAGCAUUUGCAUACUAAAAUAUUCAGACCAUCUAUUCCACUAAUACAACUUAAAGUGCUCUUCUGUUGUAUGAUGAAUAUUCAAGUAAUACAUUAUAUCCUACAACAUUAUAGAAAUACUAUGCGUUCUUUGACGUGGGUAGAUGGGCAUGGUACUACCAAUCCAGCUUGUUUGAUGGAAGGUCCAUUUGAACCUGUAGAAAACAUUGAUGAGAUUAACAUUGAAAUAGAUGAGGAUAUGAAUCCUCUUUUACCACUAUUAGCGCAUUGCACUCAACUCUCUGAACUCACUGUGAUUGGGUAUUUUAUGGAUCCAUUAGACAUUUGUGUGAUGUCUAGAUUGAGGGGAAGAAAUUUGGAAUGCUUCAAUAUUAUGGAAAGUGAUAUUUGUCUUGAUAGGCCAUGGAACAAAAUUAAACUUUCUAAAAUUAAAAAGGUUGUAUCAAAUAGGCUGGGUAGAGAAUGGAGUCCAUUGAAAUCUACCGACUUACCACACUGUACUAAAUCAUAUACUUUAAGUUCUACUUUAAGAGACGCUAGCAGUACAUCUGUGUUACACCAUUCAAACUGUUAUACUAGUUAAACGGCAACAAAGUCACUUUAACAUUAUUGGAUAUGAAAUUCAUAUAACAGUAUUUUAUUUUAUUUUGUUCCUCAUUGUUAACAUAUUCUUAAAAGAGUAUCAAUUAAUUUGUUUUAUUUUAAAAUGUAUUUUUUUUUAUAUUGAGCCAGCUUGUUAAAGUUCA